AUGAGCAGCGACGACGACAUUGUCGAGCGCAUCCUAUUUGGCGAGUUCCUCGACGAGUACCCGGGCGACCAGGGCGACUUCGAGGAUGACGGAACGUCCGAGACGAGCUCGACGGACGAGAAGCCCAAGCGCCGGAAGCGCCAUCGCAUCACGCUCAAGCAAGAGAUCGACGCGCUGCGCGCCAAGGAGACCGACCUCCGCACGACGCUCGACACGCUCAGCAAGCGCGCCGAGCUGCCGCUCAACGCCUCGGUCUGGGAGACGCGCGCCAAGGACCAGGUGGUCGCUGCGCAAAAGACGCUGCAAGAAAACACCCUCUUGCGCAACAUGCUCCAGGAGCAGCUCAAGACGAUUAGCGCUCUCGAACGCGUCCUCAAGAAGAAGCCCAAGCUCGCGCUCACACCUCAGUCUGACCACGACGAAUGGCGAACGUGGCGCCUCGGCGUCGACAGCGCGGCCCGCGAGCACAGCAUGCGCGCGAUUCUAAGCCACCUCCACGACCGCAUGGAGUCGGAGCUCAUCAAGAACAGCGUGUACGACCUCAAGGACGGCCACUCGUCGCUCUCGCUGCGCUCGCGCCACAACGUCCUGUGGUUUGACUUUAUGCAGUGCAACGUCCUUGACGCCAAGAUGGACGCCGUCGCAGCGGGGUUAUGGGCCGUGCUCUGCCAGCGCGUCAAGGUCCCUCGCACCUCCGUUCUCGACGCCAACGGCUCGAUCCUGCAUCAAGUGGACGAAGACACGGUGUACACGGAGACACGGGCGACCGUGACGCACAACCUCUUUGACGUCGCUGUGCAAGGCCGGUACCUCGCCCAGCGCAUCGUGGAAGCAACGCGUAUCGUGUUUGUGUACCGGUCGCUGCUCCAAGACGAUCUCUUCCCGCACAGCCCCCACUGCUUCCGCGACAACACGGUUGGCUGGAUUGUGUUGCAGCCGUGCCCUGACAACCCGAGCAAAACGAUCAAGUACGUCAUGACGCAAGUGACCAAGCCGCCGCGGUCGCACGAGCCCGAGACAGAGGCUGCCGACGCCGAGGACAUUGCCGACUUUGCGCUCAACUUGCUCUCGACGCACGGCUCCAAGGUCAACGACAUCAUCACAAAGACCGUCGCGUGA